AAGAAGAAGAAGAACGAAAAGAAGAAGAGUAGUGUAGUAUCUGCACAUGUGGUCACACACAGUCCGUUCGGAGGAAGUCGCAGUAGAAGAAGAGAAGAAUCCCACUGGCAGCACCGAUUUAAGGCUUUAAAGCAGAUAAUAUGAGACCAGGGUUCAGUCCUCGUGGGGACAGAGGACGAGGUGGAGGACGAGGUGGGGGUAGAGGAGGAUUUGGAGACAGAGGAGGAUUUGGAGACCGGGGAGGACGAGGAGGAUUCAGAGGAGGAAGAGGUGGAGGAUUCAGGUCCCCAGAUGGUGGAGGAUUUCGGGGCCGGGGGGGUGGCAGAGGCACCCCGAGAGGAAGAGGAGGCAGGGGUGGUGGAAGAGGAGGCUUUGGAGGAGGGAAGAAGGUCUUGGUUGAGCCCCACAGACACGAAGGAGUGUUCAUUUCCAGAGGGAAGGAGGAUGCCCUGGUGACCAAGAACAUGGUGGUAGGAGAGUCGGUCUAUGGAGAGAAGAGGAUCAGUGUGGAGGAAGGAGAGACUAAGAUUGAAUACAGAGCCUGGAAUCCGUUCCGCUCCAAGCUGGCAGCAGCCAUCUUGGGAGGAGUAGACCAGAUCCACAUCAAGCCCGGAGCAAAGGUCAUGUACCUGGGAGCUGCGUCUGGCACUACAGUUUCCCAUGUUUCUGACAUUGUUGGGCCGGAAGGGCUGGUUUACGCCGUGGAGUUCUCCCAUCGAUCAGGUCGCGACCUUCUCAAUGUGGCAAAGAAACGCACCAACAUCAUUCCAAUCAUCGAAGAUGCUCGGCACCCACACAAAUACCGCAUGCUGGUUGGUAUGGUGGAUGUGAUUUUUGCUGAUGUUGCCCAGCCUGACCAGACAAGGAUUGUUGCUUUGAACGCUCACAACUUCCUGAAGAAUGGAGGGCACUUUGUUAUCUCCAUCAAGGCUAACUGUAUAGACUCAACAGCGGCUCCAGAGGCAGUGUUUGCUUCAGAAGUGAAGAAGAUGAGCGCUGAGAACAUGAAACCACAGGAACAGCUCACACUGGAGCCCUAUGAGAGAGACCAUGCUGUGGUGGUGGGCAUCUACAGACCUCCACCUAAACAGAAGAAAUGAGGUGUGGAAGAAAGCUCGGGGAAACGAUUACCACCAUCUAAUUUUUAUACUGUCAGUGUUUGUUGCGCUCCUAUCCACCUCCCCCUGUCUGCAGAUUUUGCACAGGGUGAAAGCAUAUCUAGCACUGAGGGUCAAAUUUGGCUUCCUUGUUCCUUUUUGACAGUUAACUGACCAACUGCUGGAGGGCCUUUUCUAUUACUGAUGUGGUUGGGAGUCCAUUUACAGCCACAUAUUGGUUGCUAGCAAGUCAUGUUAGCGGUUCAUAAUGUUAUGGUUCAAAUCUGGUUAGACCACACUUAUUUCACAUCUGUUAUGCACAAAUGAUGGGUAUAUCUGACUAUCAGGUUUGUGUUCCUGUGUAACAACACAGUCACAUGUAAAUUAUGUGUAAAUAUCCAGCAUUGUGUACGGUGUAACCCUGUUACAUGAUUAAGCUGGGGAUUUUUGAAUUCACCUGCCCCGUGAUCAAGUUUCUUUCUCACCUGAGUGUUUCAAAAGAAGUGUUUAUCUUAAUAGCUGUAUUGAAAGAAUUUGUUUGGAAUAACUACUAUAUGGUUUGAAUUUUUGGCUCCAGUGAGGUGUUUGUUUCUUUUGCUUGGUCAGUAACUUGUUAUUUGUGUGUUUCCUGAUCCUUCUUUUACUUAAUGGCUUUUUUUUUUUUUUUUAAAUGAAGUAGUGUACUCCUCGUUAUUGCUUUUAUCUGGAUGCUUUUGAUUUCAGACUGCAUAAGCCACAUAUUGUUAGGGAUAUUCCAAGUAUCCACACAUCAUACACGCCAGAUGCCUAGUAUUUUUAGUGUAUAAUAAGUUUGUCAGAACUUAUGUAUGGUAAAUAAACUUGUCUGUCUUGAA